GCUGGAGAUGUUGAGAGUUCAAUGAUAGUUCGCAGGAGAAGAUCUUGCAGUAAUGAGUCUUUGUAGGUAAAUCGGAUAGCACACACCUCAGCACACAAAGGCACUGGAGAUACUUGGAGGACUGGAAGGAACUCAGGAGACACUUGGAGAACUAAAAGGAACACAUGAGGUAAGUAAAAAGGUAGGUAAUAUAAGCACAGUGAGUUCUCUUCAUAGGUAUGAGAUCGGACAAAUGCCGAGGGUGAGAUGUGCUUUUAUACUUGGUCUUGAUUGGAUGAGUGGAUUAGUGACAGGUGCAGGUGAUCGUUGUGAUUGGUUGGUGACUGAGUCUGGCCGAUUCAUGACAAUACCCCCUCCUCCACAGUUCGCUCCUGAGGACCCCUGCAUCGUGGUGACCUACUUCUGCCCUGAGGUGCAGGAACAUCGGAUGGUUGCCUAGACCAGGUGGAGACCAGUGGAGGCUGGUAACUGAGUGGGAGGGAGUCAAGUGGAUGGAUGGCGUAAGGAGUUCUGAACCCAGAAACUGGUUCCAGGAAUCCUGGUGGCCAUGGCAGGAGGUUUGUAGGAAACACCCCACCUCUUGUAUCCUUCCUUCUGUUUAUCCAUUUGCCUGAGGGUGAUAUCCAGAGGUGAGGCCAAUGGUCACACUUAGAAGCUUGAAGAAUGCAUUCCAUACUCUGGAGAUAAACUGUAGUCCACGAUCUGAACCAAUGUCUUUGGGAAUGCCGCAGAAUUGGAUAGGUGUAACCAGAGACGAUUCGGCACAGGCAAAGGGAGUAGCUUGCCAGUUAGUAGAUGAGGAGGGCUUUUUGUCUGGGCAUCCCUGAACAAACCUUCCUACAUCCCUUGCCAAAUUUGGCCACCAGCAGAGAGAGGGUUGUGUUCGCCCCUGGGUGGCCAGUGCCUAGAGAGGAGUGAACAGAGUGGAUUAGUAUAGUGGGUUGGGAACAUGGAACGUAUUAUCGCUGACUUAGAGGCGACUGAAGAAGUGGUCCAUUGGAUGGGAGUGACAAUCAUUUCUGAUGGGAUGAUGGGUUCAGGGUCUUUAUCAUUCUCCAUACAAUUGUGAAUCUGUGACAAGGUGUCCGCUUUCACAUUCCUAGGACCUGGACGAUAUGAAAUGGAAAAAUUUAAUCUGGUGAAGGAGAGAGUCUACUUUGACCACAAAAGGAAGAUCAGGAUCAGGAAGAACCAGGAGAGGUGCACUGGUAAAUGCUUUCUUGAGGGUGGUGUAAGCUUUGCCUUGUCCAUUUGACACCAGAAUGGGAGAUGUUGUACUGGAGGAGCUGCACUGUAGGUUGGUGGAAGGUGCAUUUCUAAGCCUUGAGGUAAAGCUGGUGUUCUCUCUGCCUUUGAAGGACCGCCACAAUGUGGUGGCGAUGUUCAGCCAUACUUCGGGAAUAAAUGAGGAUGUCGUCGAUUUAUACAAUGACAAAUCUGUGGAGGAAAUCCCAGAGUACCUCAUGCAUAAAGUCCUGGAACACAGAGGGGGGCAUUGACGAGUCUAUAAGGCAUGACAAGAUCACAAAGGCAGUCUUCCAAUUGUCCCUCCUCACAUAUCCAGAUGAGGUUAUAUGCACUGUCUAGCUUAGUAAAGAUGGAUGCUGGGACAAGGGGAAAGGGAUUCCUUUUUUGAGCAGAACACGUCCCUGAAGGGGGCAUACUAGGUGGGUAUAUCCAUGAAUCUCUUUUCUACUGGACUUUCAAUGAUUGUAGAAUUCACUUGCAGUGGUUUAGAAGAAGAACAUGGAGGGGACGGUAUAUUCGAGAAACAGUCCUUGCCCCACUUAAAGACUUUCAGACAACAGGUAAGAUAAAAUAUGUUUGUUUAUUUACAACACUUUGUAAGCAGAUGUCAGUCAAGCCGGAGAUGUUUCAGGUAAGUUAAGAGUUCAAUGAGAGUUUCAGCGGAGGAGAUCUUGCAGUAAUGAGUCUUUGUAUCUUUGUAGGUAAACCAGAUAGCACACACCUCAGCACACAAAGACACUGGAGAUACUUGGAGGACUGGAAGGAACACAGGAGACACUUGGAGAACUUGGAUGAACACAGGAGAGGUGACACCCAGUCCAGUGAAAACACCCUCCUCAGAAACCUCACCUGUUAGCUCGACCCGUCAGCACCGGGAUUCUGAUCGCUACUGUCAGCUCUGUAAUGCUUGGUUCAACAAUCCUGGAAUGGCUCAGCAACACUACGACGGCAAAAAGCACAAGAAAAAUGCAGCACGAGCAGACCUACUGGAACAACUAGGGAAAACUUUAGACAUGGGAGAGAUGAAAGGUUUAAAACGCUGCUACACAUGCGACGUCUGCAGUGUCACGCUGAAUUCAGUGGCACAGUAUCAUGCACACCUGCAGGGCUCCAAGCACCAAAACAAGUAAGUGUCAACAUGCACCUCAUG